AUGGGUCCCUCCGCUGAGCCUGACGUUUCCCAGCCUCCACACCCUCAUUUGGAGUUGCUCGAUCAUGAGGUUGAGAUGACAAGCACAAUGAAGUCUGUUCCGCUAUUCACGCACAACAUUGAGGCGAGGCUUCCCAAUGUAGAGCGGCCAGCUCAAUACGGACUUCUAGCUUCCAACAUUUCAAGAUUGGGAGGGUCCUCUUCCCUGUCAACUAGCAGUGUUGAACAACUCAGAUCUCGGCUAUUCUACAACGUGGCCGCACCUGCCAGUACAUUUAUCUGCGGGAGCCAAGGAUCAGGGAAAAGCCAUACACUGAGUACUAUUCUGGAGAAUUGCCUAAUUUCGUCCAAGGCAAAUCAACUUCCCCAUCCCUUGGCGGGCCUUGUGUUUCACUAUGAUACGUUCGUCUCGGAUACAGGCGGAAUGCCCUGCGAAGCAGCGUAUAUAGCCAGCAAUACGGACGUGAAGGUCAGAGUACUAUGUGCCCCGUCCAACUUUCUUCACAUAAAGCGCAUCUAUCAGCACCUCCCCAAGGUGGUAGUAAAGGAGCUGCGGAUUAGCCAAUCAGACCUGAACACAAGAAGGAUGCUAGAUUUGAUGGCUGUCAGCUCAAUUCAGGGUAGUGGAAUACCGCUGUAUCUUCACGUUGUUAGUCGUAUCCUACGCGAUAUGCGUAUCGCGCAGCAACAGACCAACUCAGCUUUCGACUAUAAAGCUUUCAAGACAGCUAUCAGUAAAGAGUCCUUAACAGAAGGGCAGCUGCAGCCAUUGCAACAACGUCUAGAGACCUUGGAAAGUUUCAUGGUCACAGAACAAACUUUUGUGGGUGGUUCCGCUUCCAGAUCGAAAGUGAAGCCGAAGGAGAAGGCGAACACUUCUGCUCAGGGUGUGGAAUGGGACUUGCUUGCUGGAGAACUCACGAUUGUCGAUCUGUCUUGUCCUUGUGUCACGGCUGAGACGGCAUGUUCGCUCUUUAACAUUUGUCUUAGUUUGUUUCUGGAACGAGAACCGACCAUUGGACGCAUCGUUGCUUUGGAUGAAGCACACAAGUACAUGAAAGACAGUUCUGACAGCCAAACACUGACAGAGUCCCUGCUUUCCGUCAUCCGUCUACAGCGUCAUUUGGGUACCAGAGUUAUUCUUUCCACUCAAGAACCCACUAUAUCUCCCAAGCUCCUUGAUUUAUGUUCUACUGUCAUUGUCCAUCGCUUCACUUCACCAACAUGGUUCGCCACUCUAAGGCGACACUUGGCAGGUGUCUAUUUAGUCUCCGACGCUGAAAUGAAAAUAAGUGGUCGAGAUAUGGUAAACGGCACAAACACUAAGAAGGAAAAUGACGGGCUAGGUUCUUUAUCGCACUUGAACAUCAAGGAUGAGGAUCUGUUCCCUCACAUCGUCGGUCUGGAACCUGGCGAAGCACUCCUGUUCUGCCCGAAUGCGCUGAUCGAUAUUGACGCUGCUGGAGCGUCCAAUUCUAAACCAUCGUUGAUCCACCUUGGGAGCAGUACAAUGAAAGUACGCAUCAGAAAGAGGAUUACCGCAGACGGUGGUCAGAGCAUCAUGGCUAACUAG